GUCUCAAAAAAGAAAAAAAGGCACAUAACCACUAUCUACCCUCGUAAAACGUUUCCAGUUUCCGGAGCGUCCCAGCAGUGCCCCUCAUCAUCUGGCGGCCCCUACGCCUCUCUGAGACUCACAGACCUACUCCCCUCUCCAGGGGGCGGAGCCCACACUGCUGAGCAUUUACUCUUGUUCUUCCCUCUGCCAGAGGCACCGUUCUACCCCUUUCUGCCUGGAGAAACUGCCGUUUUCCCUUAAAGGAUCCUCGAAGCCAGAAAGAGCAGCCACCUCCCACUCCCGGCUGCUGCAAGCAAGCUGUUUUGACCUCUUUCUAGAGUUGGGGAUUGCUGCUGGAGUCCGAGUCUCCAGCCCAGAGUGGGUGCGAUGGUCUUGCUUGCACCCUGUAUCCCCCGACAGACGCCGGGGAACUCUACUAAGUGGGUGACCCCAGAGAGCUCGCCCCCACACUCCGACUUCGAGUCCAGCACUCGGUCCACUGCACAGGGACCUCGCGCCCCAGAGCUGCGUCCUCUCUGACCUUCGCGAUCCGGUGCGCGGCCCGCGGAACGCCCCGAUCUCCAGGGGCACGGAAAGCCGAGGUGUGCCGGGGUAGCCAGGAGCAGCUGGCUGGCGGGCGCCGCGGGCCUCCCCGGUCACGUGACACCCCGGGCAACGUGCGCCGUCAUGUGACGGCGGAGCCUGUGAACGUUUUUCUCACGUGAUGGAGGCGCCUGCACGUGGACCAAUGGGGAGGCGGGGGCGGGGCCGCCAGGGGCGGUGCGCGGGAAGGGACCCCGGACCCGGAGGUCGCGGAGAGCUGGGCAGUGUUGGCCGCUGGCGGAGCGCUGGGGCAGCAUGAAGUGCCUGGUCACGGGCGGCAACGUGAAAGUGCUCGGCAAGGCCGUCCACUCCCUGUCCCGCAUCGGGGACGAGCUCUACCUGGAACCCUUGGAGGACGGACUCUCCCUCCGGACGGUGAACUCCUCCCGCUCUGCCUAUGCCUGCUUUCUCUUUGCCCCGCUCUUCUUCCAGCAAUACCAGGCAGCCACCCCUGGUCAGGACCUGCUGCGCUGUAAGAUCCUGAUGAAGUCCUUCCUGUCUGUCUUCCGCUCACUGGCCACGCUGGAGAAGACGGUGGAAAAAUGCUGCAUCUCCCUGAACGGCCGGAGCAGCCGCCUGGUGGUCCAGCUGCAUUGCAAGUUCGGGGUGCGGAAGACUCACAACCUGUCCUUCCAGGACUGUGAGUCCCUGCAGGCCGUCUUCGACCCAGCCUCGUGCCCCCACAUGCUCCGCGCCCCAGCACGGGUUCUGGGGGAGGCUGUUCUGCCCUUCCCUCCUGCGCUGGCUGAAGUGACGCUGGGCAUUGGCCGUGGCCGCAGGGUCAUCCUGCGCAGCUACCACGAGGAGGAGGCAGGUUUCUCCUGUUCUUCCCCAACAGACAGCACUGCCAAAGCCAUGGUGACCGAGAUGUGCCUUGGAGAGGAGGAUUUCCAGCAGCUGCAGGCCCAGGAAGGGGUGUCCAUCACUUUCUGCCUCAAGGAAUUCCGGGGGCUCCUGAGCUUCGCAGAGUCAGCGAACUUGAAUCUUAGCAUUCAUUUUGAUGCUCCAGGCAGGCCCGCCAUCUUCACCAUCAAGGACUCUUUGCUGGACGGCCACUUUGUCUUGGCCACACUCUCAGACACCGACUCGCACUCCCAGGACCUGGGCUCCCCAGAGCGUCACCAGCCAGUGCCUCAGCUCCAGGCUCACAGCGUACCCCACCCAGACGACUUUGCCAAUGACGACAUUGACUCUUACAUGAUCGCCAUGGAAACCACUAUAGGCAAUGAGGGCUCGCGGGCACUGUCCUCCAUUUCCCUUUCACCUGGCCCCCAGCCCCCCAAGAGCCCCGGCCCCCACUCCGAGGAGGAAGAUGAGGCUGAGCCCAGUACAGUGCCUGGGACUCCCCCACCCAAGAAGUUCCGCUCACUGUUCUUCGGCUCCAUCCUGGCCCCUGUACGCUCCCCCCAGGGCCCCAGCCCUGUGCUGGCUGAAGACAGUGAGGGCGAAGGCUGAACCAAGAACCUGAAGCCUGUACCCAGAGGCCUUGGACUAGAUGAAGCCCCAGCCAGUGGCAGAGCUGGGUCUCAGCCCUGGGGAUCAGAAAGGUGGGCGUGCUGGAGCUGAGCUGUCUCACUGCCUCUCGCAGGCCCCAGCUGGCUGUCACUGUAAAACUGUCCCACAGCGAUCGGGCCUGGGCCCUGUUAUCUCCCCACAACCCCCAGCCAAUCAUGAUUUUCCAGACUUGGCCCUGAACUACUGACAUUCCUACCUCUUAUUUCCCAUUGAGUCUCAGGCUCUACUCCAGCUGGCCAAGGCUGGAAUCCUGUCUCCCUCAGGCUCACCUUCCUAAGGAAAAUGUCCCAGUAGGUGCUGCUGGCCCCUGGUGAUCCAGCUUCUCUGCCAAUCAUGACCUGUUCCUUCCUGAAGUCUUGGGCAUGCAUCUGGGACCCUCGUGGAGCUGACCGUUUUUCCUGCUUUACUGAUACUCUUUGGCACUGACUUGGAAUUCUAAGAGCCUCGGACCCGAGUGUGUGGCUGGGGUUGCCCUGGCUGGGGCCCGGUGGCCAGCCUCCCAAGCGGCUCUGUGCAGAAGAGCUGCCAGGCAGUGCUUUAGACGCAAGACGGAGGCCAUGGCGAGAAUCCAGCUUUGACCUUUAUUCAAGAGACCAGAUGGGUUGCCCCAGGAUCCGGCUGCCAGCCCUGAGGCCAAGCACGGCUGGAGACCCACGACCUGGCCUGCCGUUGCCCUGAGCUGCAGCCUCAGCCCCAGGAUUCUGCUCACAGUCACCGCAGGUGCAGGCAGGAAGCAGCCCUGGGGGACUGGACGCUGCUAUUGAUUCAUUAAAAAAAAAAA